AUGAGCAGUUUAAUAGCAGAGCUCUGGGCCGAUGCGUAUCUCAAGCAGGAGGAUGCAUUGACCUUUGAGGAUGUGCAUGUACACUUCACUCGGGAGGAGUGGCCCUUGCUGGAUCCAUCUCAGAAGAGACUUUACAAAGAUGUAAUGCUGGAGAUCUACAGCAAUCUCACUACUAUAGGCUACAAAUGGAAAGACCAUAACAUUGAAGAACAUUGUCAAAAUGAUAGAAGAUAUGGAAGGCAGGAAAGAAGCCCUGCUGGAGAGAAACCCUAUGAACAUACACAAUGUGAUAAAGCCGUCACAUAUCACAGUCAUCUUCAAAAGCUUGAAAGAAACCAAACUCGAGAGAAACACUCUGAAGGCUUUCCACAUACUCAAGUGCUUGCAUGUCAGAGUACUGUCCAAAUAAAUAAAAGAACAGAGACUGGAGAGGAGCCCUACAAAUGUAAUGAAUGUGAUAAAGCCUUUUUACAGCUCAAGAAUCUUCGAGUACAUGAAAAAACACAUUCUGGAAAGAAACCCUAUGAAUGUAAUCAAUGUGGUAAAGCCUUUUUAAAUCUCUCCCGUCUUCGAAUACAUGAAAGAACACAUACUGGAGAGAAACCUUACCAAUGUAAUCAAUGUGGUAAAGCCUUUACUCAAAGCAGUCAUCUUCAAAUCCAUAAAGUAGUACAUACUGGAGUGAGACCCUACAUAUGUUAUCAAUGUAAUAACACCUUUUCACACCAGAGUCAUCUCCGAAUACAUGAAAGAAUACAUACUGGAGAAAAACCUUACAUUUGUAAACAGUGUGAUAAAGCCUAUUUCCACUGCAGUAGUCUCCGAAUACAUGAAAGAACACAUACUGGAGAGAAACCUUACAUAUGUAAACACUGUGAUAAAGCAUUUUCACAGUGGUGUUCUCUCCGAAUACAUGAAAGAGCACAUACUGGAGAAAAACCUUACAUUUGUAAGCACUGUGAUAAAGCCUAUUCCGACCAAAGUACUCUCCGAAUACAUGAAAGAACACAUACUGGAGAAAAACCUUACAUUUGUAAACAGUGUGAUAAAGCCUAUUCCUACCGCAGUAGUCUCCGAAUCCAUGAAAGAGCACAUACUGGAGAGAAACCUUACAUAUGUAAACACUGUGAUAAAGCCUAUUCACGGCGGAAUAGUCUCCGAAUACAUGAAAGAACACAUACUGGAGAGAAACCUUACAUAUGUAAACACUGUGAUAAAGCCUAUUCACGUCAGAGUAGUCUCCGAAUACAUGAAAGAACACAUACUGGAGUGAAACCUUAGAAAUGUGAUCAAUGUGGUAAGGCCUUUACACAAAGCAGUCCUCUUCAAACCCAUAAAUUAAUACAUACUGGAGGGAGACUCUAAAUAUGUAAUCAGUGUGAUAAAGCCUAUUCACAUCAGAGUCAUCUUCCAAUACAUGAAAGAACACAUACUGGAGAGAAACCUUUUAAAUGUAAUCAGUGUAGUAAAUAAUUUUUAUCUCACAGUCAUCAUCAAGCUGAUGAAAGAAUUCAUACUGGAUAGAAACCCAGUAAUGUAAUGAAUGUGAUAAAGUCUUUUCACAGCCCAGGUAUCUUCGAAUACAUGAAAGAACACAUACUGGAGACUGGAGAGAAACCUUACAAAUUUAACCAGUGUGAUAAAGCCUUUGCACAAGGCAAUAAUCUCAAAGUACAUACAAGGAUGCAUACUGGAGAGAAACCCUAUGAAUGUAAUCAAUGUGGUAAAGCCUUUGCGUAUGACUAUUCUUUUAGGAUUCAUGAAAGAACAGAUACUGGAGAGAAACAUUACAAACGUAAUCAGUGUGGUAAAGUCUUUGCAGAAAGCAGUCAUCUUCAAACCCGUAUCUUACCACAACCUGGAGAGACUCUACAAAUGUAAUCAGUGUGAUAAAGCCUCUUCACAACAGAGUGGUAUCCGAAUACAUAAAAGGAAACAUUCUGUAGAGAAACCUUAGAAAUGCAAUCAAUGUGAUGAAGCCUAUUCACAACACAAUGGUCUUACCUACAAUAUCACAUACUGGAGAGAAACCCUAUGAAUGUAAGGGAUUUGGUAAAGACUUUGCAUAUUACAAUAAGCUCCAAUAAUAUAAAAACAAUCAUAAUGAAGAAACUAUGAAUGUAACAGUAGGGAGAAGCAUUUGAAAAUCACAGUAGUCUGUAGAAACAAAAGGAAUCAUCUAGGAAAGAAACCCUAUAAAGUUCUUUAACAUGGUAAAGUCUUUGCACAUAUCUGUAGUCUUCAUCAGCAUGGAAAUAUUCAUACAGUAGAGAAACCAUAUGAACAAAAGAAAUGUGGUAAAGCUUUUACUACUCACAGUUAUCUCUUAUUCUAGAAAAAAGGAGAUAUUAGAGAAAGAUCCUACAAGUAUGAUAGAAGAGAUGAAGCCAUUUCACAACACAGUCAUCUCUGACUACAUUAAAGAUAAUGACAAACACUAUGAAUGUAAUAAAUGUAGUAAACCCAUUAUAUAACAUGGUCAACUUUGAAUACAGAAAAACACAUAUUAGACAGGAACCCUAUGAAUAUAAGCAAUAUAGUAAACACAUGAAGCCAUUCAUUCUGGAGAGAAACACUAUUGAAGGUAUUAAAUAUGGUAAAGUCUUUGUCACAGUAGUCUGUAGAUACACAAAAGCCAUAAUCCUGAAGAGUAACCCUCCAAAUAUAGUUGACGUGAUAAACCAUUUUUGCAAGAGUUUUCUUUGAACACACCAAGGAACACAUACUGAAGAGAAAACCUAUGAAUGUAAGCAAUAUUGUAAUGCCUUUUCAUAUUAAGGUGAAUUUCAAAUUUGUAAAAGAAUAUAUUCUCUGGAAAACCCCUCCAAAUGCAGUCCGCAUGAUGAAGCCUUUUUUUUUCCUUUGGUUUUUCGAGACAGGGUUUCUCUGUAUAGCCCUGUCUGUCUUGGAUCUCACUCAGAAAUACGCCUGCCUCUGCCUCCCGAGUGCUGGGUGCUUGAUGAAGCCAUUUUACAUCACAGUCCUGUUCAAAGACAUGCAAAGAUUCAUUCUGGAGAGAAAACUUAUGAAUGUAUUUUAAAUUAUAAAGCCUUGUGUAAUUUCUAUAGCCUUCAUGAUGAUGAAAGUAUUCAUAGAGGAGUGAAACUGAAUGCAAUCAACCCUUUACACAUCACAGUUAUCACCGAAUGCAGAAAACAACACAUGCUGAUGAGAAACCAUACAUAUAUUAUUGUGAAGUCUUUGUACAUUUCUGUAAUCAUUGUCAUGACAGUAUUUAUACCGGAGAGACCUGUGAAUGCAAGCAGUGUGGCAAACAACUCUUAUCACCAAAUGCAGAGAACACAUACUGAAGGGAAAUCUUAUGAAUGGCUUCACUGUGGUAAAGCCUUUGCACAUCACAAUAAUCUCUGAAUACAUAUAAGAACACAUUCUGUAGAAAAGCCCAAUGAAUAAAUGUAAUCAAUGUCAUGAGACAUUUGUGUGUGGCAGUAGUCUUUGAAUAUAUUAAAGAACAGAUACUGGAGAGAAAAUAUAUGACUGGGGAAAUGUGAAAGAACUCAUAAUGUAGAGAAUUUGAAUACAAAGGAUUUGGUAAGAUCAUUACGUUCAGCUACACAAGAUUAUUCUGGAGAAAAAUAAUCUGACAAAUGUCAACCAUCUACUCAAUCACAAUGUUCCUUUUUAUUUUACAUGUACCUGCAAACUCAUCUGGACAAAACUAUGGAUUUAAAUGAUAAGCUAAAAACUCCUUUAGAUGUUGCACUUCUUUAAUUUCACACACACACACACAAACUUUCUGGUAUAAAAUUGCUGGGUGUGUAUUAUUGACUUUUGUGUAUCUAGGAUAAAACAAUGUCAACUUAUAAAGCAGUUUAAUUUGGCUUAUGGUUCCACACCACCAAAGUGUCAUUAAAAUCAGUUGUGAGACAUGGCAGCUAAAGUAGGAAGCUCAGAUAUCACAUCUUCAACCUGUAGCAGGUAGCAAGGAGUGGGAACUAGAAGUGUCAUAUAGAUAAAAACUCUUAAAGCCCAUCUCCACUGAUAUUUUUCCUCCACCAGGGCAGCAUUUGUUCAAUCUUUCCAAAUGAUACAAUCAACUUAGAAGGCUUGAUUUCUCUGAUUGCAAACAUACCUCUGUAUGUAUUUAUAGCCCUGUAAAUAUUUGAAAGUGUUUAUGUAUUAUGUUGACAUCAGGUAAUGAGAAAACAUUCAUACAUGAGAGAAAUCCUAUUCCCACAAACAAUUUGGUAAAAAUUUUGACAUCACAUUCAAUCACCAUAAAAAAUAUUGCUACACCUGUUUUUCUUAAUAGCCUUUGAAGCAAGUAAAUAAUUCACCAUGUUCAUGUAAGUCUGUUGGUUCAUAUAUCCUCCUGUGGUUUAUAUUUUGAGAGUUUUGAACUUGGUGUUGAAGUGUGCUGUAUGUGUAACAAAUGCCUUUAUUAAAAUGUAUUUGAUAAUUCCUAUAAUGCUUCUGUGGCUACAGAAUCUU